AUGUCCUCUCUUCCUACCACAUCAUCAUUUCUUACAUCACUGGCCAAUAAGAGAGCCCAUAGACAUAAGAGAUCUGCAGCGAUUUCUGGAGAUUUUGAUGCAUCUGGACUUUUUUGCUCGCCAACUCAUCAGUCGUCGAUAUCACUUACGAGCCAUAGUCCACGACAAUCAUUUGCAGAUGAUAAUGCAGACUUAGAGAGAAACUACCAUUUUAACAACGAAGAGGAUUUUUCAAAUAACGGAUCAAACGAUAUUUUUUCAUAUCCAAGCAAGAAUAGCGAUAUAUUCCAACGCCCAGCCUUGAGUCCAAGACACUUGAAUUCACUAUCGCCUGUACGGAAACCUAACAUUCAAUCAAGUAGCUUUGGUUUGAAUUCUCCAAUUCGUUUAAACCGUAGCAGAUCAGGUUCAACAUCUAAUUCCUUAUUAAACAAGUCACGUUUGUUUUUGACCGAAGAAACAACAAUAAAUAGCGAGAAUAUCCCAGAAGCAGUUAUUGAUUUAGAUGUAAUUCUAAAUGCUAAUCUCCAUAUCGGAGUCGAAGAAGCUAUCUCUGAUUCACCAAGAAAUUAUCAUACCCAUAAGAGGACAGAACUGGCUCCCGCAGAAUUUGCUCAGAACGACGAUUUUCUCGGAUCCCCAUUUUCAAAUCAGACAAACAGUAAGUUGAUAUCUUCUUCCUUGCACAAUUCUCAUUCAAUGUUCAGCUCGGGUGUGAAUAGUGGCGUUCCUUUGUUCAGCCAACCAAUUCAGGAACAAAUGACAGAUUCAAUAAUUGAAGAGGGUGACAAUGACGAGUUUGACUUCGAUGGAUCCAAGCUUGAAUCGUCUGAGCUCGUUUCUGAUACAGAUUCGACACACGAUAUUUUUGCAAACCCUCCACCUAUGAUGGGUAAUGUUUUUUAUACAAAUGCUUCAGCAAAUUCAUCUACUUCCAGUUUGCGCAGUGGAGGAAAUACAUCAAAACAUCUUGUCAUUGAGAAGACUUUUUCCAAUUCUUCAAAAGAUUCUUGUUGUUCCUUUAAUGGUAGUAACGGAAAUUUAACAAGUAACAAAAGAUCUGGCGCUAAGGCCAACAGGUAUAAACUUUUUUAUGAUAAGUCAAGCAGAAUAUCAAAUGCUUUAAAGGAGAAUUCUUCCGACAGCAUUAAUAUUGUUCGAUCUAAUAGUAGCGGACACAGUAUGAGCACAGCAAACACCGCUUAUAAAGAUCUCAAAUUGUUAGGCCACUCUUCAAGUUUGCCGAGUCUCAAAUCUGGCCCCAAGAGGAUUAAUUCGCAAGCUCCUAGUUCUUUGAGAUAUAGUGAUAAGAGAAGUAAUUCUGAAAACAGAAGAGCAGUUUCCCCUCCUGCGAGAGUAUCUGAAAAAGUAUAUUCAGCUUCUUCUCCUUCAUUGAUAUCAGAAAGAAAAGAAUCAUCUACUGGCUGUCGUUUUCUGGACGAAAUUGCUUAUGAUUUUGAGUCAAGAGAUAGGAUCGUUAUAGGGCAGGCAAAGAAACCAGAAGACCCAAAGAUCUCUUCUACGAGUCCUAUUAGUACGAAAUCAAUUAAUUCGUCAGCAGUGAUUUCUAAUAGUGGCACCCUACACUCAACUGAUAAUUCGUCAUUUUUGUCUCAUCAUGAAGUAUUAUCCAAAGAACAUGCCAAGUCAGAUUACAAUGAACUUUCUAGAGAUGCAGAAGUGGUUGUUCAUGAUAGAUUACAAAACAUCACACCUUCAAUUGUAAUUAGUGCUGAACUGGAAAGUUCUUCUCCGUCGACGAAUUCGACUUUCCAACAAAUUGAGCUGGUGAUAAGAAGUAAUUCCAAGAUAAAGCCGCCACACAUAGAACCAAGUUUAAACUCAAGAAGUGCCUCAAUUGAUAUAGAGAACGCAUCGAAAGAAGAUUUGAACACGAAAAAAGAAAGAAAACAAGAUGACCAGUCUUGCUUCCUUCAAACUCUUCCAGUGCAAGCAAAACUUACACUGCCUGAUUAUACUAAUGUAACACUUUCAUCCAAAGUGGCAAGGAACUCGUGUAUCGUAUCUCCUAUGAAAGCCGGUAUAAGAAACUCACAGACUGACUCAGAGAAGAAGAAGUCGACACAUUCCAAAAGAAAGUCUAUUUACAAUUAUUCUGAAAAUACCAUUUCAGGAAGAAAGGGGAAGCCUACUGCUCAUGUUGAGAAUGAAGAAAAUGAAUUAAUGGCAGUUGGACGUGGCAGACACUCUAAAUCUAAAUCAAUGUCAUUUACACUUUCAGAUUUAAAUCCGAAAGUUUCAAAUACCGAAGCCGACAACGUAGAUUUCCUGAAAACUAAGCGGCGAGAGAGACUAUUAAAUUGGUUUAGGAAACGUUAG